GCGACCUUCACGAAGCUGCGGGAAGAACUCCUUGAAGAGAUUGGAAAGCUGGCUGCCCCGGACGAUCCAGCCGUCCUCGAGGCUCUAGCGACCUUUCUCUUGCAGUCCGAGUCCUUGCUGAAACUGCAGGGUGACUUUUCAACGCUGCGAGCUCUGAAGAUCUUGAGCCAGCUGGAUCAGAGCGAAACCUUCCUCCGGCAGGGCAGACGGCACCUUUUGCGGGCUCUGGCGUCGACCUGCUCAUCCGGUUGCUGGGAUCAGCAGACACGGAAAUGCUUGAUCACGCUGGCCAAACAGCAGGGGGGGAUCGACCAUGAAGCUUUGGUCGAGCUGUGCCAGGGGUUGAGGUGUCAGAAUACAAAGACCAGGCGAUCUUGCUGCAAGAUCUGGGCGCAGGUCGAGAAGAAGGAGCCGCAGCGUGCGCGAAGACUGUUGCUAGAGAUGAUCGGUGGCGACGAAUACGCAUGGGCGAAGCGAGCCGCGAUCACUCUGCUUGACCUCGGAGAAGUUCAGAAAGCCGACUCUGUGUUAGAGGAUGUCCGAGCCAUCCUUCUCCGGGUUGCCGAGGACCUAAGCCUCCCGUUGCCACUGCGCUCGGAGGCCCUGGGUGCUCUCAGGCCCUUGGCGCGCGGUGACGGCCGGAACGGCAAAGCCGUGCGUGCGGCUGCGCUGAGUUGCAUCGACGAGGGCGACGCGGGGUUGGUGCUGAAAGCGCUGGAGCUCCUAGCCGAGGAGCUGCCGAUCCCCUCCAGCUGCCUCGAAAGAGUCCUUCGGAGUUCGGACCCGGACGUUCUGCUCUUUGCGCUCUCCGCUUUUCUGGGCCUUCCGGACGGAAACCUUGGUGCCUCACUUUUGGAGCCCUUGAUACACCACCGCUGCCUGGACGUGGCCGUCACUUCGACUCGGGCUCUCGCCCUUCUGCGGGGGGACCGGCUCUCUGCCAUCGCGGCCCUUCAGCGAGGCGGCUUUUGGCCCGAGACCCGGGAAGCCGUCCGAAAGGCUCGCGAGGAGGCGCUCCAAAGCCUCGCCCAAGGCGGCAGUGGCGGAGACUGA